AUGCAACAGGAAACAGCUCACCUCCCUACUGUCAGUGACACCGCCUUGGACAAUCCAGACCUCACGUUAUUCGUGGAUGGAUCGCGAUUCUCAGAUGCCUCUGGAAAAUUCCAUACUGGCUAUGCCGUCACGACCACUGACUCUGUCCUCGAGGCGCAGCCCCUACCAGCCUCGUGUUCGGCCCAGGAAGCGGAACUAAAAGCCUUAACAGCCGCAUGUAAACUUGCGGCAGGAAAAAGAGCUAAUAUUUUUUCUGAUUCCAGAUAUGCUCAGGGGGUGGCUCUAGACUUUGGGACUAUUUGGAAAACUAGAGGAUACCUGACUGCCACUGGGUCACCCAUCAAGAACGGCAGAUCCGUAGCUGAUCUUAUGGAAGCACUUACACUCCCUGAACAAGUGGCCGUUUUGAAAGUAAAAGCUCACGGCAGACUCACUUCCCCCGAAGCUAUUGGAAACCAUUUAGCUGAUACCACUGCUAAGGAAAUUGCUGUUGCACCACUACCCGAUGCACCGCCUCUUACAACGUCCACUCCUCUACUCCAAGUUACAUUCUUGGACAGUAUUGACAAACUACAAGCUUGCCAAGCCUCAGCCAGCACCGAAGAAAUCAACGGAUGGCUCAGCAAGGGGGCAACUUGUAAAGACGGCUUAUAUUCAUGCAACAAAAAACCAUGUAUACCAAGAAGCCUUUAUCCAUCUCUAGUUCAAUGGGCUCAUGGACCUACACACGUUUCAAAGAAUUUGAUGAACAACCUCAUCUCUAAACUUUACUUUGCUCCUGGAAUCACCACCCUCACUAGAAACUAUACCGCAGCCUGCACCAUCUGUGCUCAGUGUAACCCAGGUCGCAUGGAAAAACCACCAGUCUUAAAUUUGGCUAAACCUCUGUAUCCUUUUCAGCGCAUACAAAUCGACCAUAUACAGAUGCCCAGAUGCGGUAGGUUUGAAUAUGUGCUGGUCGUCGUCGACAUGUUCUCGGGGUGGCCAGAAGCGUUCCCAGUGGCUAAUAUGACCGCUAAAACCACCGCUAAGAAGCUACUUUCUGAAAUAGUUUGCCGAUACGGAGUCCCCGAGGUGAUCGAAAGCGAUCAGGGUCCCGUUUUCACGGCAUCUGUUACUAAAGACAUUUGGACUGCUUUGGGAGUGACCCUUCACUUCCAUACACCCUACCACCCCCAGAGUAGUGGUAAAGUCGAACGUAUGAAUGGUACUCUCAAAACCAAAAUGUUAAAAAUGUCCCAGGACUCGGGUAUGUUGUGGCCUGACAGUCUGCCUAUUGCUCUUUUCAGCGUUCGGUAUACACCGAGGGGGGUUAACAAUCUUUCUCCUUUUGAAAUCUUGUUUGGGUGUGCCCCUAGACUAGGUUGUUAUUUCCCACAGACCCUACAGUUACAGUUUGAUGUUUUAAAUGAAUAUGUAUGUCAAUUGUCCAAUGAAUUAUCUAAAGUGCAUGGUCAGGUGUUCUCCUCUAUUCCAGAUCCUACCUCCGUGGAAGGCUCCCAUUCAUUGGUGCCAGGUGACUGGGUUCUAGUCAAGAAAUUCCUCCGCAAAUCCUCUCUCGAACCCCGGUUUGAUGGGCCUUUUCAAGUCCUACUCACAACUGCCACCUCUGUGAAAUUGGACGGCAAGAACACCUGGAUCCACGCAUCCCACUGUAAAAAGUCCGCUCCUCCUGCCUCUCCUGCUAGUGACUCUGAUUCCGCUCCAGACUCCAUCUUACCUGCAUCACCAUGA